AUGUCAGGAAAAAGCGCUCAAAUGUCUUAUUAUGGAUUUAUGGGUAGGGAUGUGUUAACGAUAUUGCCUACCGGAGCAAGGAAGUCUUUGAUCUUCCAAAGCUUCCCAAUUGUAUUUGAUGUGAUGCAUUCAUCUCAGUCUCCGAGUAUUUGCUUAGUUAUUUCUCCACUUUCCUCAUUGAUGCAAGACCAAGUGAUGUAUCUUAAUUCAGUGGGAAUAAAGGCUGCAUUUAUCGGGGAUGACCAGACGGAUGAAGAAAUUAAAUGGCAUGUAGAGACCGGGUAUUAUCAACUGGUAUAUGGCUCUCCUGAAGCGUUUUUGGCGAGCAGUCGAUGGCGAAAAAUGCUUACUGGUGAUGUAUAUCGUGAUAUAGUAUGUUUAGUUGCAGUAGACGAAGCUCAUUGCAUUCAGCACUGGUAAAGAUGAGGCCUACUCUGGGGCGGUAAAUCGCCUUAAAUCGCCUUAAAUCGCCCAAAAUCGCAUUAAAUCGCGGGUUAAAAUGGUCAAAUUUCUCUUAAAUCGCCUAAAAUCGCUUUAAAUCGCCUAAAAUCGCUUAAAAUCAUGGGCGUACUGGGUGGAGGGGACGGGGCGACCGCCCCCAGUUUCUAGCUGGGCGACCGCCCCCUCGCUUUGUUGGGCAAACAAAGCCAGCCGGGCAAUAUUCGCUUCACAGUCGGGCAAUAUUGGUUUAUUAUAGAAAUAAAUGGGACAAAUUCUGUCAAUUUUGUGGGAAAUUCUGUCAAUUAUGUGGGAAAUAUGAUAUCUAAUAGGAUUUUUUUGUAAUCACUUCUCCCUCCCCCCCCCCUCCCCAAUCACUUCUUUCCAACCCCCUAAUAUUUUCCUUCCCGUACGCCCAUGCUUAAAAUCGCAUUAACUCGCCAACAUGCAUUCUGUUUGAUACAUUCAGUCAAUAAUGUACUCAAGUUUAUCAAUUGCUGCUAUUUUGCUGGCAAAUCAUGUAUAAUCCAGGUGUUUUGCAAUCAAAAGUAAUGCAACAUGGAUAAAUCAAAUAAGUGGAUUAGGCUGACAAUAUUUAGUCACUCAAUAGGCUCCGGUCAUUAAUAAAAACAGAGCCUUUUUCUGCUUUAUGCAGACUUUACAAUAAUUAGGCAAUUCUGGGAUAUGAAAGACCCAUACAUUCCAUUACACUACCAGCAACUUAGUUACUGGUUAAUUUCAUUAUUGGUGUAAAAUGUGGAGGCUGGGCUACAAUUUAUAUGGACUAUGGUGGCUGGGCUACAAAUUAAUCUAUAAUAUACAUGGCUUCUCAAAGCCUAAUUGCUGUUAGAACAACAGUAGGAGACUGUGAUAAUGAGAGUCAAUGAGUACGAGUAUAUAAUAAGGCCAUCCUGCAAUUUGUGCACUGUUGCAUGUAGAUCGAGCACUGCAUUGUAUACAAUGGUUGUACUUCGACAUGUGCAUGGUUAUACUCUAGCUGCUAGUUAUAAUUAUAUUGGCUAUCAUACGAAAAACAUACGUGAGGUUUAAUAUGAGCGAGAUUUGCAAGUUUUGCAACUCUCGUCUAUUAAAUUUUCCAGACCUGUAUAUAAAAUAAACAGUAAAACAAUGAUUACAUCGUACAUACCAUACAAUCUUUGUUGUUGCUUGUUUGCUUUAUCAGGUAAAAGACUUAAAACCACGAUGUAGUGCGCGGUGUGCCAUUUGUUUAAUAUCAUUUUGUUUAGUAUUUUUUUUUAAAUAAUUUAGAAUUCCGACCAUUUAUAUGCGAUGUACUUCAUGUAAAUUAAACUUUACGGCAUUACGCCGACAGUUUCCGAAUGCGUGACAAUACUGUUUCAAACUGUUUCUGGAUAUAGAUAUCAAACAUAAUUUUAUAAAACAUGUUUGUUGAAACAGUUUAAAUAAAAUGCAAGCUAAAUAAAGAAGUGUUGACAAGAUACAAAACAAGACAAUUUCACUUACAAGGGUGACAAGGUAAUUUAUAGGAAUAUAGCUUAUUGUAACUGUAUAAAUAUAUUGUGCGUUUCUACUCCCUGUGGGCUGUGGUUCUUUUGGAAAUCAAAUAGCUAUUAUAUUUUGCAAUUAAUAAUAUUAAAGUUUAGCCUAAGACAUGUGUAGUUUAGUUAUAGGUUGGUAUUUUGCAAUUAUGUACCGUACAUGCCCCCUUAAGUAGAGUAUAUUUAUUAACUGUUUACAAUAUUUGUGGUAUAUAAUGUAGCCAUGAAUGCAUGACCACAUGACCCCACAAGAUGAACUCCAAUGGCUUCUAAAUAAGACAAUGGAUGAAAAGUUCACGAAUAUUGAGCUUUAUAUAUGAUUCGGGUUAAAUACAAUAAUUAUUAACCUAGCUUUAUAUAAAAUGUACAUACAUGUUCUAAUAAUUGUAUUUUGCUUCAUACAAUGCAUAUGUGUCAAUGUGUGUGAAAACAUUACAUUAUUCAGCUCACUCCCCUUUGGGGCUUUUCAGUCACCGCUUACAUAAAGUAUUAGGCUUACUUAUGUUAGUCUAGACUAUAUAUCUUUAUAACAAUGAGAAUAUGAUAUCACUUUUCUAACUGUGUUUAUUCUAACCCACCCUGCCAUAUUUUGCCUUGUGGGAGGAAACCGGAGCAAAAUAUAAAAUUCAAUUACCUUGAAAACACAGGUCUAAAUUGCAAUCCCUAAAAUUUAGAAUUUUCUCUUAAAUCGCCUUAAAUCGCCUAAAAUCGCAUUAAAUCGCAGUGCUUGAAAGUCCCAGUUUUUCCUUAAAUCGCCUAAAAUCGCCCAAAAUCGCAUUAUAUCGCAGCGAUUUAAGGCGAUUUACCGCCCCAGAGUAGGCCUAAGAUGCUAAUUUCAAUUGCUUACUUGAUUUUUUUUUAUACUGUGUACUGCCAACACUUAGUCAUUUAUUAAUGAUGAUAAAUGAUGAUAUUUUGUUGACAUACUUGACUUGUUACAGUAAUAUUAAUAAGGAUUUAAUAUAUUAAUGUUACAGUAAGAUUGUAUAAAAUAUUAAAGUAUAAGGGUAUCUUAUAGUAAAAGCAUUAGAUAGUCUGUGAAUGUUUGAUUUGUGAAUGUUAAUUAUUUAUUUCAUUUUUUUUGUAGGGGAUAUGCAGUCAAGAAAGGAGAACAAGCUUUUCGCAAAUGGUUUUCCAGGAUAAAUGAGAUGCGUUCACUGCUAAAGAAAAUACCAAUCCUGGCCCUCACUGCCACUGCAACCUUGGCAACAAAGAAUAAAAUAGUUCGGGCAUUGGAAAUGGACACAUGUGAGGUUAUAAAUCAAAGUCCAAAUAGAAAGAAUAUAGUAUAUUCUGUCCAGGCUGUAACUGGUGGUGCACAUCAGACAUUUGGUCCAAUUAUAAAAGAACUGAGAGAAAAAACAGUUAGUUUUGAGAGAAUCAUAAUCUAUUGUCAAACUAUUAAAAUUUGUUCACACAUAUAUGGUGUAUUCAAAGAGGAAAUGGGUGAAGAUAUGUAUGUUUCAACUGGUGAUAUCACAAGUGGAAUGGUUGAAAUGUAUCAUUCCAGGAUUGAUGAAUUGAAUCGUGAUAAUAUUGUGAAGGAUUUUUCAAUACCAAAUGGACAUAUAAGGGUUUUGAUUGCAACAAUAGCAUAUGGGAUGGGGAUCAAUUGUCAAGGGGUAAAAUCCAUUGUGCAUUAUGGUCCAUCUAGAAAUGUUGAAGCAUAUCUGCAAGAAAGUGGUAGAGCUGGUAGAGAUUCUUCUGAUAUGUGCAAAGCUGUCAUAUUGUAUUCAAAUGUUAUGUUGAAGUAUUGUGAUGAACCAAUGACAGAAUAUGCCCGAAACAGUACAGUUUGCAGACGGACAAUGCUGCUGUCUUAUUUUCAAUCAGAGCUAUAUGAUAUAGAGAAGCCUUUAUUACUUCAUGAAUGUUGUGACAUCUGUCAAAGACAUUGCCAUUGUGAUGGCACAGUUUGUAGUGCAGUAUCUAUUUAAAUAAUGCAAAUCAUUAAAAACUUGCAUAGCAUAACCUGUUGCUAUGGCUAUAGCUUCACCACUGACAUUAUUAUAAUUAUUAUACAAACAAAAGCAAGAAAUUAUAAGCAUUGAUUAAGGUAUUCAUAUAAAACCACCCAUGGCAAGGAAGUACUGUAGAAUUAGAAUAUUUAGGGCCUGUUUAUAUGAUCCAGGCGGGACGGGAUGCCUACCGAGAUCCCGCUCGUAAUACAAAUUCUAAAGAGUGUUUUGAAUAUGAUCCCGCCACUUAUUCUGCCGAUACAGGAUCUCGGCAACAGAUGCCGGGAUCCCGCAUAAGCGAGAUAAAAAAUUCCCAUAUAAACACUUCAUCCUGGCUAGGCGGGAUGAAUUUUCCCCUUUUGAGCAUGCGUAAAUGCUUUUAUUGCAACAAAAAUAUGACGUCAAGCACUUAAAUGGCUUCAUCCCGGCAAUGAAUUUUGUCCAUAAAAACAGUAGACGAGUAUCCCGUCUAGGUGGGAUGAAAACGUCCCAUCCCGUCUAGGCGGGGUCAUAUAAACAGGCCCUUAGAUGACCUUUGUGCAAAGUGUUUGAUAUUCAAAUUGCACUUUUCCUGCCUCCUAAACAGGCUGGCCUUAGGGGCUGUUUACAUAUUGAAAUAAGUGACUAUAGGCUAGAAAAAGUAAAUUGUACUGUAUUUAAAGCUAAUUCUCAAUGGCAAGAGCAGUCACGAGACAGUGACCAUGUGUACGGGAAGUCUGUGUUAAAGGAUGCAUUGAAUAAAGUCAG